AUGGCGUUCAACUUCAACUGGUCGCCGCUGAUGGCAGACGCGAGUUUCUACACUCGUGCGCAAGAUCUACUAACUGCGGCCCUCAAUAAGUCGCCAAAACCGCCCAUUAUCGUCGACGACAUCAUCGUAACGGAGCUUAACCUUGGGUCCAUUCCGCCUGAGCUGGAAAUCUUGGAGAUCGGGGAUUUAGCAGAGGACCGGUUUCGAGGCAUCUUCAAGAUGUCAUACUCGGGUGAUGCCUUUUUGACGCUCAAGACUCGAGUUCAGGCGAAUCCGCUGAAUACCUAUCUCCUCACAAGACCGUCCUUCGCAACGCCGCUGCCAUUAGCUGCCGCUACUCCCCUUACCAUCCCCCUUCAGAUCACACUUUCCGAUAUCAAACUGUCCGGCUUCGUAAUCCUGGUCUUUUCGAAGCAAAAGGGCAUCACCGUGGUUUUCCGGAAUGACCCACUCGAGUCGCUCAAGGUUUCAUCCACCUUUGAUUCAAUCCCAUUUGUGCGCGACUUCUUGCAAAAGGAAAUCGAGGCGCAGCUCCGCAUUUUGUUCAUGGAUGAAUUACCCGCCAUCAUUCACCGACUGUCUCUCCGGUUAUGGGUUCCAGAAUACCGUGCUGGGGAAGACUUCGAGACGCAAGCUGAGAAGGCGGAAACCGCGAACGGGGAAGGCCCUGGUCAAGAUCCUCUGGCUAGUCCACCGCAAGAUCCCGUGGACGCACUCGGACAUGCCCUGGAUGAAUCGGAUAUCGCAUCGCUUUCCCUCGAUUCUUCCGUCGAGGCCCACUCGUUAUUCUCUCAGAAGAACCUUCUGCGCCUCGCAGCUCUUACGGAUUCUCAACGAACCUUGUCGCUCUUCACACCUUCCAUCCGAGAGGUCGUAUAUCGUGCAUGGACUUCGCCGACGGACCAGACUGACGCCGCUGGAAGCGUGACGUCACCUGUUCUCUCGAGAACACACUCCCAGGUCGGCAGCAUGUCUUCCUUCCAGGAUUCUGCCAGUAUCGCAUCAAUGCAGACUCGAUCUUCAACACCGUCGCAUACCUUCAGUGGCUACGGCUUGAGUUUAGGAGCCGGCCGUCAUUCCAAGGCACAUUCACGGAAGCGGAAGAAGCGUGUUGUGGACCUUCGUCGUCCAAAGACCACCGACGAUGCGCCCAGUGUCAGCGACGAGAGCGCAUUUACCGAAUCUACCAGCGCUCCUUCUGUCUGCUCAGCUCCAUUGCCCAUUUUGAAUGAACAGUCGGAUGAUCCAGUGACACCACCAUUGUCGCCCGACAAUGAUCUACACCUCCCUAUCAUCCCGGAUCGGCACCGGAUGAGCAUUUCUCGACCUGCGCCCCGUCGCGACAUUGCAGCUGAAAUGAUGCGCGAUAUGGGAGGACCUUCAUCCACAUCGGAUCCGGCCACGCAGGCUACUCAGAGCGAGGACACAAGUGCAACACCCCGAGCUACCAUGCGCGCGCAAAUUCCGAGCAUUUACCUCAACGAAAAGCAGGACGCUGGCUCGUCUACCGGCGUUCCUCGACAACUACCAUCUGCAAUCCUUCCCUUCCUCAACGACAAUCCUAUGAACCGUGUGGUCGAUCAAGCGCUGGUCGAGAGACUUGCCGGAGAGAUUGCCCGUCGCAUGCGAGACGAGAAGUUCAUGGCGACCAAUGCAUGCGGGAGCUUCUGGGACCGCCAUAGCCAAGAAGAGUCACCACCGCCGGCCUACGGCCACUGA